UGUUCUCACACAAUAGAGUGCCACUGACAAGUCCAGUCAGUUCAGGUGUUCCAGCAAAGCAGAAUGGAGUUUGGAUCUAACAUCGACCACAACAACCAGAGUCUGUCUGGAUUCCCUUAUUGCUUCACAAAGGAUGGCCUUCUGUGCCAUAAGGUCACAGGAGAAUUGUAUGUUUUCCGCUUUAACUGCCACGACGUCCAGAGCACCCAAAGAGAGCAGGCAACUCUUUGCAGCUUCAUCACCACAUAUGUCUACAACAUCCUCGAGCACCACCUGCAGCUGCAAAGGGCCUUUCUGCCCCACAACGAGGGCUUUGUGUACAUGAGUCCUGGAGCGCUGCAGAACAAGAGGGCCCUGUUGGUGCUGGUUCAGGACACAGGCACCAUACGCUGCGGAGUGUGGAGCUGGAGGAUGGUGGUCCGUGAGGGCCUUAGGAGAGGCGGUCAGAUUCUCUACGUGCUCUGGGCCAUAAGCGAGAGCUGGGGUGUGCUGCUCAUGAAUCCAAACGAGGGAGGGCUGUCAUCUGAGGAGCAUGUCUGCCGUGUCUGGGACUGCCUGAUCUCCCAGAGUGCUGCUGAACAUAUAGUGAUGGUUGCUCAUGGUUACGGUGGACUGGCGUUUGUGGACCUGCUGUGUCGGCGAGCAGAGGCAGUAGAGAGCCGUGUGUCAGCAGUUGCCUUCAUAGACUCCUCCCACAACGUGUGGCACCAGCCCCUGAGGGCGGAUGGGCGCGGGUGGCUGCGUGCCCACUCUAGGAGGUGGGUGCUUAGCAGUAAACCCCUGAACGGACCCGUGGGCACCCUAAGAGCUGGCAUGCAGCUCUCUGCCGGCACUCUAUGCCACGACAGCGCACCUGCUACCUGCAUGGAGUCAGUGUUUCGGUUCUUUACCAAGGCGAUAAGACCCAGAGCACCACCCACUCCCUUCAGCAUCGUCACCAGGAGCAGGAGUAUGUGCCUGGCCCAGGAAAGGGACAUCAGAGCUGGCAACCACCCCAGUAAAUAAGACACUAAUAUUUAAAAAGAAAUAUGUUUGGGCUAUUAUCAAAUAUGCAGUACAUCAACAGAUGAAAUCCUGUCUUAAGGAGUAUAAAAUUAUUUUCUUUCACUUUUGCAUUAUUAUGCAUCUGGAAGUAAAUUGGUGAUAUUUGUUGUGUGUGGGGAUGCCACAUCAACAAUCAU